AUGGACUCGGCGCCAGCCUUUGCCAUGGACAAGCCGUUCGCCCCCGGCGCCGUGCGCGGCCCGGAGCCGCCCGAAAACGCUCAAAGCCGGAAAAACUUCAGCGUGAGCCACCUCCUCGACCUGGAGGAGGUGGCGGCCGGUAUGAACGGGACACCCGCGGCCGGUCCCCCGCCCGCCGGUAGCGGCAAGGCCAUCCCGGAGCCGUCGGGAGGCAGCAGCGGCAGCGAGGCAGCGCCCCAGGACGGCGAGAGCCUGAGCCCAAGCUGUGGGGCAGCCAAGAGGAAGAAGAAGCAGAGGAGGAACCGCACCACCUUCAACAGCAGCCAGCUGCAGGCUCUGGAGAGGGUCUUUGAGAGGACACACUACCCGGAUGCCUUUGUGCGGGAGGAGCUGGCCAGAAGGGUCAACCUCAGCGAGGCCAGAGUCCAGGUAUGGUUUCAGAACCGGAGGGCCAAGUUCCGCCGUAAUGAGAGGGCGAUGCUGGCCAACAGAUCGGCAUCACUGCUCAAAUCCUACAGCCAAGAAGCAGCCAUUGAGCAACCCAUGGCACCACGACCCACUGCACUGACCCCGGAGUAUCUCUCUUGGACCAGCACCUCCCCAUACAGCACUGUGCCCUCCUACAGCUCCAGCGGGACUGCAACGCCCACCCAAGGGGUGAACAUGGCCAACAGCAUCGCCAGCCUGCGCCUCAAAGCCAAAGAGUUCAGCCUCCAUCAGAACCAGGUGCCGACUGUGAACUGA